AGCUCGACUGCUCCCUUCCGCUUCCGGUGUCCCCUACACCAUGGCUGCCGCCGCCGCUGCUGCUGCCGGCGCUGGGGAGCCGCUGUCCCCCGAUGAAUUGCUCCCGAAAGGCGACGCGGAGAAAACUGAGGAAGAGUUGGAAGAGGACGAUGACGACGAGCUAGAUGAGACCCUGUCUGAGAGACUCUGGGGUCUGACGGAGAUGUUCCCGGAGAGGGUCCGGUCCGCGGCCGGAGCCACUUUUGAUCUCUCCCUCUUCGUGGCUCAAAAAAUGUACAGGUUUUCCAGGGCAGCCUUGUGGAUUGGGACCACUUCCUUUAUGAUACUGGUUCUUCCUGUUGUCUUUGAGACUGAGAAAUUACAAAUGGAGCAACAGCAGCAACUGCAACAGCGGCAGAUACUUCUAGGGCCUAACACAGGGCUGUCAGGAGGAAUGCCAGGGGCUCUGCCUUCACUUCCUGGAAAGAUCUAGAUUGUUACUGCUAUAUUUGAGCUGUCUCAAUGGGAGAAAUUUGAAACUCAAUUAUGUUUGAACUGCUGAUUAUUUGGGGGGAGGGGUUAACUGUGGCACACUGAUCCAAAUCUGGUGGGAAGAAUUCUCCCCUCAUUGUCUCACAGAGACUCCCAACUUUCAACUGUACCCUCCACGCUGUCCUCAAUGUUUCUUCUGCCUCGCUCUGAUUCCAGAAUGCAGCUAUGCAGACGGUUAUUCCAGCUCUGGCCACCUUACCCCUUCUAGUACAUUGCUCCUAACUGGAAGAUCUCCUCACUGUCUAUCUCAUUAUGGGGUAGAAAUGAUGCCCCACAAUGGGAGGGAAGGAUUCCUGACCAUUAAUGACUUUUCUUUCUUUUUUUUUUUUUUUUUAAGGAGAUGUUGGGAAGGAACAUGCACAUAUUAAUAUUAAAACUGACAAAGUGCACUGUGGCUGUCUUGUAAAGCACCAGGAAGCCCCAUGUAUACUGAAGGGAGGCUGUUUUAUAGCUUCAGCCACAAAAUGGGGACAGUGAGUAUGGAGGACAGAGCAGAGGCUCGUUUACUCUGCACAUUUUGGCUAUUAGACCUGUGUGUAAAAAAAAGUCAGUGCUCACUUUUUGUAUUUAAAUAUUAAAAAUGAUUCCAACUCAAAGUGUCA